AUGGCGGCAACGAUUACCACGGCCGCAUCCGAGACUCAAGCACUCGGUGGUGUGGUGGAUGAGGUUGUGGCAGAUGGGAUGUCGCCAUCGGAGUUGUGGACGUCGGCGUAUGGUGGCGAGCUGGGUCCGUCACUCCCGAUCGUCAUUCGCGGCGGCGCGACUCCGCUCGAGAACACAGGACCGCUGCUGGAAGCUCUCGGCUCGCGAUCGGUCAACACUGGGGUCAAAGUGCCGUUGCCACAUGACGAUGAUGGGCUUACGCCGAUGCUGCGGCCGCCACGAGAGUGGAACCUCGCCCUGUGUGAGCUGGAUCCGCCACCGACACGGCUCGCUGUUGCGCGGGCGACCGGCGUGGAUAUGGCCCACGUCCGUAGCACGCUGGAGGCACACGCCGAGGACUCGGCAAAGUGGGCGUACGCUGACUACAUUCAUCUCGACGCCCUGCCUAGCCAUGAGUAUGAUGCCGUGGCCGAGGUGCUGGGCGAUCGGCUGGACGGCGUGGAACGCGGCGAGGGAAUGGCGCUCUGGGCAUCGACCCACGGGGCAGGUACACCGCUGCAUGCUGACGCCUACGGCUUCAAUGUGGUGGCCCAGCUGUCGGGCACCAAAGCUUGGCUUCUGCUUGCGCCUGGCUCACCGGACGUCCGUCCUCGGCGCUCGGGCGUGUACGAGGACACCACCAUCUGGGGCGAGCUGCGGUCGUCGGCGACCGCUCUAGGAAGCAACAGGGUCGGCAUCUGGCUCAUGUUGCAUCCUGGGGACGUGCUUGUAGUUCCGCCGCGGUGGUGGCACCAGGUCCAUACCGUGAGCGAGAUCGGCGUGGCUAUCUCGCUCAAUCGCUGGCGCCCGGUCCCCGCCCUCGAUGCCGCCGCCCAGCUCCCGGAGCUUAUCGCUGACAGGCUGCUCAGUCCGAGUGCAAAUGCGGGACUUUGUGCCCAACUCGAUGCCAUCAAUCCGCUCCUUGUUGACGGCAUGAUCUCCCCUGCUGCGGUUGGCGUCGCAACUGAUGUCAUUGCUGGAGCACGGCCUCCGUUUGAUCCACCUCCCAGCGCCACGGGCCCGAUUCCGUUUGCCGAUUUGUGCUUUGUGGAGGGGACCGAGGACGAGGGCCUGUUUCUGUACUGGGAAAUUGUUAUGCGCAACGCGUACAGACCAGCCAUCACCUCGGCACCUGCUUUCCAUGGCACGAUGCUGGACAUAGGCGCCAAUGUGGGACUCUUCACCGCCCAUGUCCUGCGCUCGAGCGAGUACGCCGUGCGCCGCGCUGUGUGCAUCGAGCCGCUUCCCAAGCCUGGCAGCUGCAUUUUGCCCAACAUCACCAGUGCGCUCGGUGCUGCUCCGGCACGGGUGGCCCCGCGUAUCGUGGCCGACGGCGACGUCACUGUCCCUGUCAUCGACGCUGUGUUCGAGACCGACUGUGGUAUCAACCUCGACCUCACCUACGUCGCUGCAGGCGUAGGGACUCAAGGCGAGGGCCUGUGGCGCGAUGCGACACCGCUCGUUGCCGAGUCGUCCCGCAGCGCAACUACUGGCGAGAUCGUCGCCGCCCCGCUCAUCGGCGAUCUCGCCGCCUGGCUUGCCGCCGCCGACCUUCCCAUCACCUACGAUCUGGUCAAGGUCGACGUCGAGGGCGACGAGCUUGAGGUCCUUCAUGCGCUUGCCAAUGUUGCCAUUGAGGUGUUGGUAGUCGAGGCUUGUGCCAAGCACGCUCGCGCUGUAGAGUCUGCCAUCUGCGCCCGCGGCCUCGCCGUCCAUCAGCGAACACCUCGGUUGGCUCGCUCGCCGGCGCUGGCACGGACAUCGACGCGGACAUCGGGCCUUGAUGCUAAAGUCCGCUUGCAUCGAUCGGGUGUGCGCCGCGGAACUCUGACGAUUUCAGUCAUGGAGAUGCAGGAGACGCUUGAGUCUCGCCCAACAUCGCCCUCAUCGCCCUCACGGCUCGACUCCUCCUCUUCCACCUCUUCUUCCUCGUCUUCUUCAUCUUCAUCUUCCUCGUCAUCGUCCUCCUCCUCAUCAUACCCCUCCUCGACGUCUUCAUCUUCCUCGCUGUUGUGCUCGCAUGCGCGGCCUGGGGUGUGGCUCUCGACCCGGGACAUUGUGAUUCCGCAAAUGGUCUUGGUAGGCAUGGGCGCAACCGCCGCCGACCUGACUCGAUGUGAUCGGUCACAGGACAAGGCUGUGGCGAUGGUGGUUCGCGUCGAUACAGGCGCUGCGCUUACUGCGGUCCCACAGUCACUGGUCGAUCGACUUGGUCUCGAGCCACACCGAAAAGUCAAGAUCCGUGCCGGCAACGACUCUGUUGAGUACCGCGACGUCGUCCGCAUCUACAUUCUUCUCCCGCAUCCGCUGGCCAACCCCAUUGAGGUGGAGGCAUCAGUUCGCACCGGGUCGAUGCUAGGGCGGACACCGAUUCUGGGCCGCAACUUCCUUUACUCCCGCCCGAUGUAUGUGUACGUCUCGAACAAGGCUCGCCAUCUCGCCAAUCUCGAGAGCAUGUCCGGCAAGAUCCUCUCGUUUGCCGAUGUCUGGUGUGUGGAUGGCGACGAGUCAGGGUCGUCGUCCUCGUACUCGACGAGCAUCUCGCACUCGUACUCGUCAUCGGCGACGUCGUCAUCGACGUCGUUCUCUUCGCUUUCGUCGAGUUCGUCCUCUUCAUCGCGCCCUCUCCUCGGUCUCUUCACCACGUGUACCGGCGACACCAUUCAUCUCGGCAAAGCCAUCCUAAUGUCUUCCAAGGAAUCCUUUUCCUUCGCUAAUCCGUCACCGGCUGGGGGCACCGCAUCGGCGGACAGCUCUGAUAGCUCGCUUCCACCGUCAGUGAUGUUCUCGCUCCCGUUACACGCGUCUGGCUACGUGCCGCCGCCGUUGGUCGAGCGGGAGGUCCGAGUUGAUACCGGGGCCACGCUCUCGGCCAUUCCAUUAUGGAUGGCGAAAGAGCUGCAUCUUAGCCCAGUCGACGCUGUUGCUGUCCGAAUGGGCACCGACUGCGUGGAGCGACGCGCUCUCGUCGACGUUGCCAUCACUUACCGGGGCAUCACCCACAUUGUCCGCGCCUCGGUCCGUGACGGUCCCAAGCUGGGUCGCACCGCCAUCAUCGGCCGUGACUUUCUGGCACGCGAGCCUUUCCUUAUCCGGAUCGGUAGCGGCGACGUCAAGACGUAA